CCCACACCCACACCCACACCCACACCCACACCCUCUUCGACAGAUCUACAUUCAUCAUGCAGAAAAUCAUAUAUCCUUAAAGUUUCCCAAAAAAAUAUAGGAAUUAGGUUUGACAUUGGCUGUUCAAUGAUUCGAUAUUUGUUCUCACAAGAUGCAGAUAGAAUCUUCUCUAAUAUUCAUACAAAUGAUCAUUCUGCAAAAAAAUUCUGAAUUCUUGCAAUUUCGAAUAAAAAUUCUCAGAUCCCUAUGUUUUUCUAUCAAAAGCUUCCAUUGAAUUAGCAUUACUCUUUCUUCGAGGACUUCCUUACAUCAAUCUUCAGAUGUAGUUUUCUUUUCAUAGGAAACUAGGGAAAGACUUAUGAAUUUCUAUCUGCGGAGAGAACAUCCUUGAAAGUUUUACCAAAUUUCCUUCAAAGAAGACGAAUAUUCCCUUCAUAGACCUUUUCCUUACGCGAGAGAGAGAAGGAUCUCUUCGAUAACGGACGAUCUCUAUUCUUUUUCGUUCAUUGUAGUAAUUCCCAAUAUUCCAGCCACUGCCCGAUGGGCACAGAAUGGCGUGACCGUUGCUGGAGGCCAUGGAGACGGCAAUGCCACCAAUCAACUCAAUGGUCCUAAUGGUCUCUUCGUUGAUGAUGAUCAAACGAUGAUCAUUGCUGACAGCUACAAUCAUCGUAUCAUCCAAUGGAAGAUGGGUGAUACGAAUGGACAAGUCGUAGCUGGUGGCAAUGACGAAGGAAAUCGAUUGGAUCAAUUGGAUUGGCCAAUAGAUGUGUUAAUCGAGAAAGAGACGGAUAGUCUCAUUAUUUGUGAUCGAGGGAAUAAACGAGUCGUACGAUGGUCUCGUCGUAGUGGCACAACUCAAGGAGAAAUCAUCAUUGACAACAUCGGGUGUUGGGGAUUAGCCAUGGAUGAUCAGAGAUAUCUCUACAUUUCUGACAGCAACAAAAAUGAAGUAAAACGAUAUCAAAUAGGGGAGAAGAAUGGAACUAUUGUGGCCGGUGGCAAUGGCGAAAGUGCUCGUCUCAAUCAACUCGCCCAACCGCACUAUAUCUUUGUCGAUCAACAACAGACUGUCUACGUGUCAGAUUUUUUCAAUAAUCGUGUGAUGAAAUGGAAUAAAGGUGCAAAAGAAGGGAUUGUCGUCGGCGGAGGUAAAGGCCCCGGGGAAGCUCUGACACAAUUGGAUGGUCCUCAAGGGCUGUUCGUCGAUACAUUGGGUACCAUCUAUGUGGCAGAAGCGGCGAAUAGUCGAGUGAUGCGCUGGCCUAAAGGAGCGAAACAGGGCCCUGUCAUUGUGGGUGGAAAUGGUUACGGAGCAGGACCACAUCAGCUCAACUUACCCCAAGGUUUGUCCUUCGAUCGAUAUGGCAAUCUCUAUGUCGUCGAUAGUAUGAAUGAACGUGUUCAACGAUUUUCAAUCGAAUAG